GGCCCUCGCGCCCUCGCCCGCGCCCGACUCACGCGCUCCGUAAUGCUUGCAUAAUAAUAAUGACGGAUGCCGAUCGCGCGGCGGCGCCUUUGAUCCGCGCCGCCUUUGAUCUCGCCGCCGGAGCCGCUCCUGGCGCACAAACGAGCGCCCGCCGCUCUUUACCUUUAUUCGGUCGGACGCCGCGCCGCGAGUCGUACGGCGUCUCCGUUCCCGGUAUUAAUACAGCCUUUAUUCUGUGGCUACUGUGCGCGCAGUGACGUCACGCGGCAUGGGGUGUGCGAGAUCCCGUGGCGCGGAGGCGCAGCCGCCGCGAUGACUGCAUCUCCGCACAUCGCUCGCCUCGCAUGGACCAUAUGUGUUGUAUUGUGCGUCAGCAGUGAGAGUGCGGCGCGGCGCGAGGGACUGCGGCUGGCGCUGCUUGCGAACACCACGCUCACCUGCAACGACGGCUCGCCGGCCGGGUUUUACUUUCGUCGCGGGAGCAACAGUCAGCAUUGGGUGGUAUACCUCGAGGGCGGCGGCUACUGCUGGGACGCGGCGUCGUGCGGCGCACGCUGGCGGCGCCGGCCUGGCCUCAUGUCGUCUACGCGCUGGCCGCGUGCGCGCCGGGCUCCCGCGCUGCUUUCAGCCGACCCCGCAGCAAACCCGCUGUGGCACUCUUCCAACCAUGUUUUACUACCCUACUGCUCGAGUGACAUGUGGGCCGGCACUCGCCUCGCAUCAACAAACGGCAGCUUUACUUUCGCGGGCCGUCUCAUAGUCCGGUCGGUCCUUGCUGAUCUUCUUCGGCUCGGUCUGGCUGGGCGAUUGCUGCUCGUCGGAUCUAGUGCCGGUGGCGCUGGGGUGAUGCUGAAUGCGGAUGCUAUUAGAAGAGUGCUGAGGCCACAUGGGGUGCGGGUCGCAGCGAUUGCCGAUUCGGGCUGGUUUCUUGAUCGACCGGCAAAAGGUCGGCGCUCGUUUUCGACGGAUGCAGUUGCGAGAUUAGGACACUCAUACUGGCGUGGUUCUCCGCCAAGUUCUUGUGUACGCGAGUUUUCCGCGAAGCCGUGGCUAUGCUACUUUGGGUAUCGCCUUUACCCUCACAUACGGACUCCGCUUUUUGUUUUUCAAUAUCUGUUCGAUUCCGCGCAAUUGACAGCGGAAGGCGUCCGCGCGCCCCGAACCCGCGCUCAGUGGGACGACGUGCAUCAAACGGGAACGGCAUUGCGGUCUAGCUUGAAAACGGUCAGAUCGACGUUCGCACCGGCAUGUAUAGCUCAUGGUGCGCUGGCUCGGCCGGAGUGGCUGGCGAUCAACGUCUCGGGUGUGCCGCUGCCUCGAGCGAUCUCGUGUUGGGAACGUCGGUUGGAAAGAGGGACGCGCGAGAGGGCGCGAUGCGCUCCGAGAAGGUUGGUAGAGCGGUGCUCGUGGCCGCAGUGCAACGGGUCGUGUCCGCGGCUGCGGGAUCCACGCACGGGAGAGGAGGUGGCGCUGGCGGCACUGCUGCAGAGCUUCGGGUUGGACGUGCGCGGUGCGGCAGCCGCCAUGGGCCUAGACGCGCGUCAGCUUGCGCGCAUGAGUCGCGCCGAGCUGCUGCCCCUAUUGGCGCCGCACACCUGACUCAAGCCCUCAUUUUAUAAGUUUGGUGCAAACGCACUGUGAAUCUACCUCGUUUUUGUUACAAGUACAAGUAUUUUUAAUGUUUAAGUUCUAUUUAUUAAUACCAAUAUUAGUCGUAACUUUAUUUGAAUAAGUAAAAAGAAGAUAUUUUUAAAUACUGUUUUUAUUUUAUCCUUUGAUGAAUAACAAUCGAUGACUUUUGCUUACAUAAUACCGUAAUUUACAUAUGUACAUUUCUUGUUGAACAGAGGUGCCAAUAAACUGAGCUCUGUUGAAAAACAACCAUGAAAUAAAAAAAAAAUACCCAAAAUACACAUUUUAGUCAACUAAGGUUAUUAUUAAUCACAAAAAAGAAACAAUACACAUGUCUUUAAUAUUUUGAUUCCUACAGUUCCUGAUUUUUUUACCCCAAUUUCUUUAUCACUACUA